AUGGCCGAUGAAAAAUAUGAAAUCAUAACACGGGGACUGCAGGAAGUGCUUGGAGGCGACUUGAUCAAAUCCAUCCUCGCGGAGGAGGGCAGAACACUCAAGGGCUACUUUGGAACGGCAACCACUGGCAGACCUCACAUUGGAUACUUCGUUCCGCUCAGGAAAAUCUCUGAUUUUUUACAAGCAGGGGUGGAGAUGACUAUUCUAUUCGCGGACAUCCAUGCUUUCCUCGAUAACAUGAAAGCACCUAUCGAGCUCGUUCAGCAUCGCGUCAAAUAUUAUCAAGCUUUACUCACCGCGGUCUUCAAGUCUCUCGGGAUACCCACGUCCAAGCUUAAAUUCGCCCUUGGGUCAGACUACCAACUAUCGCGGGAGUUUAACAUGGACAAUUACCGGCUCUGUGCGACAGUCACAGAGCAUGACGCGAAGAAGGCCGGUGCGGAAGUCGUGAAGCAAGUGGACAGCGCACUACUCAGUGGUCUGCUCUAUCCGGGCCUGCAAGCGCUAGACGAGCAGUACCUUGGCGUGGAUUUCCAAUUUGGUGGUGUUGACCAGAGGAAAAUCUUCACUUUUGCUGAGCUUUACCUCCCACGAUUAGGCUACGCGAAACGCGCCCAUCUAAUGAACGCGAUGGUGCCCGGUCUCGCCGGCGGGAAGAUGUCAUCCUCGGACCCCAACUCCAAAAUAGACUUCUUGGACACUCCGGAAGCUGUCCGCAAAAAGAUCAAGCUGGCGUUCUGUGAGGAGGGCACUGUGGAGGGCAACGGGGUCUUGGCAUUCGUUGAGGCUGUCUUGAUCCCGAUAUCGAAACUGCGGAUUGAGAACAUCAAGACUGGUGGGUCGAUAUUGGACACACCAUUGGAACCGUUUGUCGCUGCUGGCGCACCGGAAGGGACCGUAUUCUCGAUCGAGCGCGACGAAAAGUUCGGUGGACCAAUGCACUACGCAUCCUACGAAGAGCUUCGGGACUCGUUUGCAUCCAAGGCUUUACAUCCCGGCGACCUGAAGGCAUCUGUUGCAGCUACCAUCAACAAGCUACUCGAUCCAAUAAGAAAGGCGUUCGAAGCGGAUCCAGAGUGGCAGGCGGUCGAAAAACUUGCGUAUCCUGACCCCAACGCAAAGGAAAAGAAGCAAAAAAAAGGUCAAAGUAUAUCACCCCCCGCCUCCAGGCAAAGGCAAAAAUGCAAACGCCCCACCACCGGCCGCAGAGCAAGCUGCAACUGA